GUUUUCCUCACAGCUGUGACUCCCACAGAACAGCCUCACAGCGACCGAGCGACGCUCCAACUUCGCUCGCAUCCGCGCCGCUCGCGCCUCCCGCCGUCCGCGGCCUCGCUGCUCAGCCGUCCGGCAGCGCACCGAUCACCGGAGCGCACGGCUCCCGGUUCCGUGUCCUGAGGAAGCUGUCCACGCGGAGCUGUAGUUUCUCUUCCAGAGGCGAGGAAUGCAAUCUGAGCAUCAAUGUUUCAUUGGGGCAAGUGGAAGAAGAGGAUGGGGGCCAACAGUUCUUCAAAGAGACCCGUUUUCGACGAGAAGGAGGAUGUAAACUUUGACCACUUCCAGAUAUUGCGGGCUAUUGGAAAAGGGAGCUUUGGAAAGGUAUGCAUUGUGCAAAAGAGGGACACUGAGAAGAUGUAUGCCAUGAAGUACAUGAACAAACAGCAGUGCAUAGAGAGAGAUGAGGUCCGAAACGUCUUUAGAGAGCUUGAGAUCCUUCAGGAAAUUGAACAUGUUUUUUUAGUAAAUCUCUGGUACUCCUUUCAGGACGAGGAGGACAUGUUCAUGGUGGUCGACCUGCUUCUUGGUGGAGACCUGCGCUACCACCUGCAGCAGAACGUCCAGUUCAGUGAGGCGGCUGUCAAGCUCUACAUUUGUGAGAUGACCCUGGCUCUGGACUACCUGCAGAGUCAGCACAUCAUCCACAGAGACGUGAAGCCGGACAACAUCCUGUUGGACGAACAAGGUCAUGCUCAUCUGACAGACUUCAACAUCGCCACCAUCGUCAAAGACGGAGAGAGAGCCACAGCUUUGGCCGGAACCAAGCCUUACAUGGCCCCAGAGAUCUUCCAGUCCUUCAUUAGUGGGGGUUCAGGCUACGCUCUGGAAGUAGACUGGUGGUCACUGGGGGUGACAGCCUUUGAGGUGCUUCGUGGAUGGAGGCCGUACGACAUCCACGCCAGCAACUCCGUGGAGUCCCUGAUCCAGCUGUUCAGCACAGUCAGCGUGCACUACAGCCCCUCCUGGCCCAAAGAGCUGGUUUCUCUGUUAAGAAAGCUGCUGACCGUGAACCCAGAUCAUCGCUUCUCCAGCCUGUCGGACAUGCAGGCGUCUCCGUACCUCGCUGACAUCAACUGGGACGCCGUGUACGAGAAGAAGAUGGCGCCUGGCUUUGUUCCAAACAAAGGUCGCCUCCACUGCGACCCCACCUUUGAGCUGGAGGAGAUGAUCCUGGAGUCACGUCCUCUCCACAAGAAAAAGAAGAGACUGGCCAAGAACCGCUCUCGAGACAACAGCAAGGACUCCCAGUCGGAGAACGACUACCUCCAGGAGUGCCUUGAAGCUGUGCAGCAGGAGUUCAUGAUUUUCAACCGUGAAAAGUUGAAACGGCGUCAGGAAGAGGGUCAGUCAGAGGCCGGGGGUGACGAUGGAGACGGCGACACCGAAGCAGAAGCCGCUGUCACAGACGAGGACGUGGCAGAACCCGAAGCAGAACCUGAAGCAGAACCAGAGCCCAGUCUUGAGCCGGAGUCCUCUUCCAAACUGAGCAUGUGCGGCUCCGUGUGCUCAUCCUCCGGCAGCUGCUAGCACCGCGCCCCCUCCCCACCCCCACCUGCCCUCCUCUGCUGUAGUUGGGGGUGCAGGACAGUCACUGUGGGGUGGGGGGCCUCACAGCAGCCAGUUCCUUCGAUCAUCUGUAGCAUCCCUCUGGUCGGGCAUGAACGGACGCAGCUUGCUGACCCCCCCCCCACCACCCCCCAACAUGAAGCUAUAACCUCUAUGCAAUGCAAAGUUACCCCAUGAAGGAUUAGGUAUGGUGGGGUGGGGGUGGGUUCACGGGCUCCGUGAGCAUGAUGACAUCAUUGCAACAGCCCCACCCCUCCUCUCUGAUGACUUCAGCACAGGACGGCGCUCUCGCCUGUCUUCUCUUCCCUCGUCCGCCCGCCUCUGUCAUGUGACUUGCGCCCUCAUUCUGAUUAGUUGCGGCCCCCUUUUUCGCGGAGCCCCCUCAUCUGCAGCGAGUGUUCCUCGCCGCUCUGGUGUCGUAAACUUGUUUGAAGUCGUGCCUGAUAAUCAGUGUUUGUUGUAGCCAUUGAUGGGUCCGGAUGUUGGUCAGGUUGUGCUGUCAGUGUUCAUGAAGUUCUCUGCUCCCAGUCUCUCCCAGGGAGUCAGAACCAGAGUCUGGAAGGUUCUAAGAGCUUUGGCCGCCAAAAACUGCGUCUCCGCUCCUUAGAAAUGCUGCUCGAUUAGCCUUGUCCCAUUAAGAGCCUGUUUAGGACCGCCCGCGCCCCCGUAGAGCUCCGUUUGGGGCUGUAUUUAUAUCUGUAGCUCUACUUCAGACUUUAUAGCUGAGCUAGCAUUUAACUGUCAUUAUUAAGGUGGUGCCAUUAAUCUCAGUCUUAAAUCCAGGGAAAAUGUAGCAGAAUGCCACCUUAAGACCCUAACAAGUGACCACCGUGUAAAUAGCAGACAGCAUAGGUAAAGACGCCACAGUUUUAUGUGGGACACCAAACUCCAUUCUGCUCCCUUUUCCAAGUGUGCAGGCACAACUUGUAGGCAAAGUAUGCCAAAGCUUUUCUACCAUCGACAUACCCAUUUCUAAGACGUUGUGAGUGUGUGAGCAUGUGUGUGUUUCUGUACAACGUGAAGAUGUCUUCAUUUCUACAAUCACAGUGCGUCAUUCGGACUAAAGUGGACCUCUGAGAUGUUGUUGAAGUUCCCUUUUUUGCUGUCCAACAGGAAGAUUGAUGCCACUCUGAGUUCAGGAGGACGCAGAUUCAGGUCUUCUGAAAGCAGAACUGGAGGGUUCUGUCCAAAUCCUACAAAGCUUGGAAAAGCCCUAAAUUCAUUCAGUUAACUACAGACAAGAUACUGCUGAACAAUUUGACCGGAAAGGUUCUAAUUUCUUGCGAAUCUUGGGGUAAAUGUCAACACAGAUUCAUCAGAGGGGACACAGCGGUAUUCCUCCCCAAUGCCAACAUUUACUCACACCUACAUAGAAGGCUCUGCCAAUGAGAUCAAAGAAGGACUUCAAUCUUCUUAGCAUGAGGCCUUUUUAGCACAGCAAUCAAAUAGUCUGCCCCAGAGUAUAAUACCAGUUCUUGUCAUUAUGGUCUGUUCUGCUGAUUACACUACCCUUUGACUUCCAGGCUGAAGCACAUUAUAAAUCCUUUAAAGUCAACCAAGAAAGAAUUAAUGAAAAAAUAAAGUGUUCUGUUGGUUGUUGCCUUG